CACUCUGGUAAGCCCUCUUGUGGUUACAAGGCUGACAACGAUGAUAUGGUUGCUGCUCUCUCUCACAAGCGUAUGCCUAAGCACGGCCACGGUAAGCCUUGUGGUGAAAAGGUCAAGGUUCACUACAAGAAGAAGUCCAUCACCGUCAAGGUUAUCGAUACUUGCGACGGUUGUGGUAGAAAUGAUAUUGAUCUUUCUCCUGCUGCUUUCAAGAAGCUCGACCACAAGAAGAAGGGUGAACUCAAGGUCCAAUGGGAAUUCAAAUAAGAUAUCCAACUGGUUUGAUCAAGCUACCUUAACAUCUUCUGAUCUAUGAUUCUAUUAUUCAACGCUAGCCGUUUUGUAUACAAACUAGCCAAAAACUCUGUACUAUUCAUUAACGCAUUUGUUCAUUUAUUUAUAUUAUUAUUCAUGUACCUUACUAUCGUAAUAAACCGAUCUAGGCAGAGCCCGGAUCAAAUACUUCGUAACUUAGUAAUCGCACUUUGUGUUUGUUUCUACUUGAGCUCUAUCUUUUUGAUCGGAUAUCUCUUUAAAAAACUGCGGAUGUGGUUUCAUACUCACAAAAGCUAUCGGACAAACUGCAGCUUCCAUUUUGCCUUAGGAUUGAUUUCCAGACAUUUUAAAGCAAUUUUUUUGAUACCGACUUUCAGGUACCAAAACCUUGACAGAAGACACGAAAAAACCUUAUUCUAUUUUAAACUUUUGCAGGUACAGCAUUUGCAACCUAUAGCACAUUAUGUCAUUGUCGAUUCCCCUACAUUCAUUACAGGCUCAACAUAGCCUAGCUUCUUUUGGAAAGAACUAUCAUCGUGGAACUUUUCUGAGAUCUUUUAAUUGAGUUCAUGAAAGAUUUGAAGGCCUAGAUCAGA